CCUCAGGGCCCGUGCCAGCCGCCAGCUCCGUGGUGUCCGAGUCCACCGUGAGCUGGGCGGCGGGCGCCCUGGCCGUCCUGCGCUGCCAGAGCCCGAGAAUGGUGUGGACCCAGGACCGGCUGCACGACCGCCAGCGCGUGGUCCACUGGGACCUCAGCGGCCGCCCGGCCGGCGGACCGGCCCGCAGACUCGUAGACAUGUACUCCGCGGGCGAGCAACGCGUGUACGAGCCCCGCGACGGCGGCCGCCUCCAGCUGCCGCUCUCCGCCUUCCGCGACGGCAACUUCUCGCUGCUCAUCCGCGCGGUGGAGGAGGCCGACGCAGGCCUGUACACCUGUAACCUGCACCACCAUUACUGCCACCUGUUCGAGACCCUGGCCGUCCGCCUGGAGGUCACGGACAACCCCCGGGAGGCCGGCGUGCACAGGGACGGCGAGAAGGAGGUGCUGGUGGUGGAGCGCGGCUCGCCCGCGCUGCUCACCUGCGUGAACCAGGCGCACGUGUGGACCGACCGGCACCUGGAGGAGGCGCAGCAAGUUGUGCACUGGGACCGACAGCCGCCCGGGGUGCCGCACGACCGCGCUGACCGCCUGCUGGACCUGUACGCGUCGGGCGAGCGCCGAGCCUACGGGCCGCCCUUCCUGCGCGACCGCGUGGCGGUGGGGGCGGACGCCUUUGCGCGCGGCGACUUCUCCCUGCGCAUCGACCCGCUGGAGCCAGCUGACGAGGGCACAUACUCCUGCCACUUGCACCAUCACUACUGCGGCCUGCACGAGCGCCGCAUCUUCCACCUGAGAGUCACCGAGCCCGUCGCUGAGCCGCCCCCGCGGGACUCGCCGGGCAACGGUUCCAGCCACAGCGGCGCCCCUGGCCCAGAUCCCACCCUGGCGCGCGGCCGCAGCGUCAUCAACGUCAUAGUGCCCGAGGGCCGCGCCCACUUCUUCCAGCAGCUGGGCUACGUGCUGGCCACCCUGCUCCUCUUCAUCCUGCUGCUCAUCACCGUCAUCCUGGCCACCCGGCAGCGUCGCCGCGGAGGCUACGAAUACUCCAACAAGAAGUCGGGGAAGUCAAAGGGGAAGGAUGUGAACAUGGCAGAGUUUGCUGUGGCCACAGGAGACCAGGCUCUUUACAGGAGUGAGGACAUCCAAUUAGAUUACAAAAACAACAUCCUGAAGGAGAGGGCUGAGCUGGGCCACAGCCCACUGCCCAUCAAGAACAUUGACUUGGACAGGGAGGGAUAGAGGGCAGACACCCGCCUGUUCCCUUGGCUUCCAGAGUUCCGAAAGGAGUACUGCAAAUAAGGUGUUCCUGGGCUCCUGGCUGGGCCAGCAGCCUUGCCAACUCCUAUCUGUCCAUCUUGGAGGAUGACCUCCUGACCCUCAUGUGGCUCACCCGACCCCCUUCCAGCGGCUGGUCCCGCUGUCCUGGAACUUGGCCUGGACUGGCACAGAGCAAGGCUGUCUCCAGACCCUUCUCCCGGGAGCCAUCCCAAUCCUCACAAGCAGCAGCGGGCUCUGGGAUUCUGCUGGAGCUGCAGCUGCCCCUUCACCAGCCCUCAGCAGGUGCCUGCUGGCUCCCACACUCACUGGUGGUCCUGCCCCUCCCCCAACCCAGGCACAGCCCUGCUGAUGUUCACCAGUCCUUCAGGCUCUCCUGGCCCCUGCCACUAUGGGCUGGGGCUCAGUGCGGCUCUUGGAGCUCAGGUCAGCCUCAGGGCUAGCACCCUGGCCCCUUCUUCACCCCUUUCUAGGGGGAGCCUACGGCUGGGAUCUGAGGAUUGCACACUCCAGGCCCCAGACUAAUUCCCCUCUGCUCUGUGUUGGGCUACCUGGGGCUUCUUCUCUGCCUUCCACCCUAUUCCAGCUUUGUUUCCAGCAAGUGCCUUGACAGUCACUGGGCUCCAUGUGACUUUUGACUCUGACCCCCCUCCCGCAGCCCCUCCUUGGGCUGGAGUCUGGGGCUGGGACCUCAUUUGGCUUCUGUUUUGCCUGAGGACAGGGGAGGGGUAAAGAUGGUUCUAGAGUGGCUUGUGCUGCCACCCCCAACACCCCACAUUUGCUCCUGGGAAACUGCCACCAUCACAAUAAAGACUCCAUGAUUUUUAGACUUCGC